UGAAAAUUUAGCCAAUACUGUAGUACAAUUUUUGUAUUUACUCUUUUCAUCUACCUAUAAAGGUAAAGGUUAUAGGUGGGAUGUCAAUAUAUAAAAAAACACCCUGUACAUAAUCUUAUUGAUUUUGUAUGAAUAUUUAGACAAAAAAAAAAAAAAAACAAUACAUCAACUCAACCACAAAUGAUAUACUGUUUGAGGUUAAAGUUCUUGAGACAAAGACAAAAGUGGUUCUUGAGACAAAGACAAAAGUGUGGCAGUUGGCCCCCACUGUAUCCGCCACUGUAUCCGCCACUGUAUCCGCCACUGUAUCCGCCACUGUGCAUUAUUAAGAAUAAUUAAUCUUUCCAAUGUUAUAUUUUAGCAACAAUAAAUCCAGAGCAGCAUCUAUUAUACUAUGUCCAUUAGGAGAGCAAGCAUGUCUCGACAACAGUAAAUGUAUAAAAAAUUAUCACAUUUGUGACGGUGAAGUGCACUGUGAUGAUUCCAGUGACGAAAUUGCUUGUACUUGCAAAGAAAGAGUAGGAAAAUUGCGACUUUGUGAUGGUUAUUGUGAUUGUCCGCGAUGUGAAGACGAACAAGGUUGCUUUGGUUGUGGUAUAAAUGAAUUUUCUUGUGACGAUUGGUCGAGAUUUAGACGAUCCACUUGUAUACCAUUGGUGCAAAAAUGUGAUGGAAUAAAACAGUGCGAAGUGACUGGCAAAGAUGAAAUGGAUUGCUCGAUGUUGGCGGAUCACAUUGGGAAUUUUCCUUUGAGUAAAGUUUCGAAUUCUGUUGGGUUUCUUCAUAGGAAUUAUAAAGGAAAAUGGUAUCCUACCUGCUUUGGAACUCAAUUGUGGGCUGCACAAGUUUGCACAGUUGAAGCUGGCCCAAGUGCAAUGAUUCCAAAAGCGCAUAUGACCUUAACAACAGACCCAUACGAUGGCCUCUUUAUAAAUGUUUUACCAAAUAGUGAAGUGAGUCUUGUAAAUACUUGCGUUCAAGAUCGGGCAGCUUUUGUUGAAUGUCCUCCCAUCUAUUGUGGCCUUAGAUUUUUGGUAAAUAACCCUUAUAGGAAUGAAGAAGUUGAUACUAGCAUUGAAGAUUUACUUAGUGAUCUUGAAAGGGCUUAUAAAGUAAAAGAGGGUGGCUAUGAAAGGAUUAAUCUUGAGGCUGAAUUGGAUCGCAUAAAAAACAAUCAUCAAGAUUUAGACCUCAGUACUAAAGGAAAGCUGACUCAUGAGCAGUUGGAGGAAGUUAUUGAAGAUCUGGAGAAGACUUUUACACGUAGACAUGUGUCUGAAGAUGAAAAUGUUGACUUUAUUCUGAAAGAUUCAAGAGUAGUUGGUGGUAAGCCCAGUCAACCAGCAUCAUGGCCUUGGUUGGUGUCAAUUUACAAAAAUGGAAUUUUCCAUUGUGGAGGUGUGUUGAUUAAUGAGUUGUGGAUUGUGACUGCGUCGCAUUGUGCGGAUAGAUAUUGGCAAUAUUACUACGAAGUUCAGGCAGGAGCUUUAAGGCGAUUUUCCUAUUCUCCAAUGGAUCAAAGGAGAUGGGUCAUUGCGGUUGUAGUUCACGAGUUCUAUAGUAAAACAAACUUGCGAAACGAUAUAGCUCUAAUGAAACUCUCAGCUCCCAUAAGAUACAACAGAUACGUGAGACCCAUAUGCUUACCAUCAGAAACUACAUCUGGGAAAGAUUAUUUGAACAGUCCAACUGCUGGUACUAUUUGUACAACUGUUGGUUGGGGAGCUACAGCAGAACACGGAGCAGAUCCUGAUCACAUGCGAGAAGUAGAAGUUCCAAUACUGCACCACUGCAAGCACAAAGAAGAUUCUGACACUGAAGAAAUUUGUGCAGGACUCACUGAAGGAGGCAGAGAUGCAUGCCAAGGAGACUCUGGAGGACCACUUAUGUGUAGAAACCCUAAUAAUCCAAACCAGUGGUACUUGGCCGGUAUUGUUAGCCACGGAGAAGGUUGUGCCAGACCUAACGAGCCAGGAGUUUAUACUAGAGUUAGCAAAUAUAUGGGAUGGAUGGCUGAAAAUACAAGAGAAGAUAAAGUGACCACGAGAAAUCCUUUGCAAAAGUGUCCAGGUUAUACAUGCAAAGGAACUAGAAGAUGCGUUCCAAAAAAACGUCGUUGUGAUAGAAUCAUUGACUGUCUUCUUGGAGAUGAUGAAAUGGAUUGCGAAAAUAAAUUCAGAGAAAUUUUUAAACAUUCAAAGAAAAGCUUGCUGCCACCCAUUGACACUAACGCUUAUGAAGACUAUGAUGAUGCUGAUGAUUUAACACCAAGUGGUGACGAUUUUGAAAUAUUGGAAAGCAGGAAAAAUUAUACGGAUAGUUUUGAAGAUAAAUCUGAAGAUUAUUUAGAUAACGCACCUAAAAUAAAUACGGAAUUUGAAAAGAUGUACUUUAGAUGCAAAGUCUUACUACAAAUAAUUCCAAUAGAAAAGAGAUGCAACAAAAUUUUCGAUUGUGAAGAUGGUAGUGAUGAAACUGAUUGCACUUGUGCAGAUUAUAUAAGAACAACUGACGCUGAUGCUAUAUGUGAUGGAGUUACUGAUUGUACAGAUUUAAGCGAUGAAAAUAAUUGCGUACAUUGCAAUAAGACAGAAUACCUUUGUCCAUUUUCUCAAAAAUGUAUUGAACUAACUAAAAGGUGCGAUGGGACAGUUGAUUGUCCAUUAAAAGAUGACGAAAUAAAUUGUGUCUCAUUGACCAAUGGUCAGAAUAUCACACUAGACAAAGACAAUCGACCAAUGUUCAAAUCCAGAGGCAUAGCGACAAUUAACCACGAAGGACAAUGGAAACCGUUUUGUCUAAAUAAAACCUCCCAAUUUAUCGGUAACGAACCUGCCUUGGGAACUAUUUUCUGCAAUUUGCUUGGCUUUGAUGAUUAUCUAACUUAUAAUAGAUACAGGAUUGAAGAUGUUACCAUUAAUUCUAGUUAUUCGAUGAUUAGCGGCAAAGUUGUUCAGGAUUAUGAGUCUAAGCACUGUGAAAAUUGUUGUGACGGACUUUAUAUCAGUUGUUCGAAUACCUCUACAAGUACCACCCUACAACACGAAUCACUAAAAGAAGCAAAAGAGCUUUAUUUUUCACCUUGGAUGGCAGCAAUUUACUUUAACGGUCAAUAUAAAUGUAUGGGUACAGUUCUGGACAAAUUAUGGAUAGUGACUUCGAAUAAUUGUGUUAAAGGGUUGCAUGUGAUCAAAACUAACUACAUAACAGCAGUACUAGGUAAAGGCAAGUUGCAUAUAACUGAAAAAGGACCUCAUGAACAAAUCAUAAGAGUUACUUCUAGUAUUAAUAUCAACGAUACCGAUAUUGUUCUAUUAAGAUUGGAAAAUUAUAUUUUCUAUAAUCGAUACGUUCAAGCAGCUGAUUUAAAUGUGAGACGUGAUGGGCUUCAAAUAGAAAAAUGCUAUGCAAUUGGGGAAGAUAACGACAAUAAAGUUAUGUUUGUGCCAUUAGCGCCACUUAAACAUUGCUUGGUUGGUUACAGGUGUUUUGAAAAAAAGAUCGAAGAAGACUGUCAGGAUAAUUCCUGGAGCGGUACCAUCAUUUGCGAUACAAGAAUGGGCUGGUAUCCAGCCGCAGUUUUCGCUGAAGAAAAGGGACACUGUGGAUUUUCACAUACUAAAAAAUAUACCAGUGUUAAGUUUUACAAAAAUCUAGUUUUUGAAGCAAUGGCAAUGACACCAGAUCCGAUCCUUCCGCCCAUUUGCCAUGGAUUCCAAUGCCCUCUGGGAAACUGUAUUAUGGGAGACAAGAUAUGCAAUGAUAUUAAUGAUUGUCAUAAUGGCGAAGACGAAAGUGCUACGCUUUGCUAUGAGAAAGAGAAGCAAUGCCAUGUGGAAGAUAAAUGUGUUUGUUCCCCAACCGAUCUCAAAUGUCCAACGACCAACAAAUGUUUCCCCAAAUCUUCAUUUUGUGACAGAACAAACAAUUGUGGAGAAUUCGAAGACGAACCAGAUGUUUGCACCUGUAGGAACUACCUGAAACUAACUAAUCCGGGAAAAAUUUGCGACGGCACUCUCAAUUGUAUGGACCGGACCGACGAAGAUCCUGAUAUUUGCAGUUGCAAACUCGGAGAUUUUCAAUGCGGAAAAUUAAAUAAAUGUGUUCCACAAGACAUGGUAUGCGAUGGAGUGGAAGAUUGUCCGAAUGGAGAGGAUGAAGCAGCUUGUUUAAUUUUGAAAACGGAAAAUAGAGAAAAGACGAAUGCUGGUGAAGUAAUGACCAGGACUGCUGGAAUAUGGCAUAAUGGUUGUUUCAACUCGAACUACUCCACCACACAGCUGGAACAAAUCUGUACCCAAUUAGGAUUUGAUGGAGGUAGUGCUAGUCAGCUUACUCCACCUCAUAACACGACAGAAUUAACCACUUUACGUCCCAUUCUGGAUAGUUUCGAAGUUGUCUGGCUUCGGAGGCAGCCAGGAAACAAAAUGAAGCUGAGAAUGCGGACGGGAUAUAAUCCAUAUGUCACGUUUUUGGCUGAUGAGGAUUGUCAUCGGUUAUUUAUUGCUUGUAUAUAG